AUGGAGAAGAUGAAGGAUGAGAGGUUGGGGUCUUCCUCCGCUAAGGAUGGCGCUGAGCAAAGUCUGAAUCUCUGUGGGGUAAAUUUCUACGAACCCGAGGGGUAUUUAGACUCAGCCGACUACCUGCUGUCGCCCCGGGGCCACUUUUUGGAGUGUACUUACAACGUUACAGUCUAUACCGGAUUCGGGGUCGAGUUGCAGGUGAAGAGCGUCAACCUUUCAGAGGGCGAGAUGCUGUCCAUCCGCGGAGUGGACAGCGGCCGGAUGGCGGUCCUGGCGAACCAGACCCUCCUGGUGGAAGGGCAGGUCAUCCGAAGCUUGACCAACACUGUCUCUGUCUUCUUCCGCGCCUUCCGGGACAACGGCGACGACGAUGCCAUGACAGGAACCUUCCAGCUCCAUUACCAAGGUCAUCUCCAGCGGCUGCAUCUGAAAUAA